ACAGUUCCCGCCGCCGAACUUGGCGCUGUGGCGGGUGGGUGGGGCAGCCUAGGAAUCGGCGGGGUGGGCCCGUGAACGAUGGAGACCAUCUGGAUUUACCAGUUUCGUCUCAUCGUGAUUGGAGACUCCACCGUGGGCAAGUCAUGCCUCCUGCACCGCUUCACUCAGGGCCGCUUCCCGGGACUGCGCUCCCCCGCCUGCGACCCCACCGUCGGCGUGGACUUCUUCUCCCGCCUGCUGGAGAUCGAGCCGGGCAAGAGAAUCAAGCUGCAACUGUGGGACACUGCGGGGCAGGAGCGGUUCAGAUCAAUAACUCGAGCUUACUACCGCAACUCAGUUGGUGGAUUUUUAGUAUUUGACAUUACUAACCGACGGUCCUUUGAACAUGUGAGGGAUUGGCUAGAAGAAGCAAAAAUGCAUGUCCAGCCAUUUCGGAUUGUAUUUCUGCUAGUGGGACAUAAAUGUGAUUUAGCUUCACAACGCCAAGUUACAAGGAAAGAAGCUGAAAGACUGUCAGCAGACUGUGGUAUGAAGUAUAUCGAAACCUCAGCAAAAAAUGCCACAAAUGUUGAGGAAUCCUUCACAAUCUUGACAAGAGACAUAUAUGAACUUAUUAAGAAGGGAGAAAUUUGUAUUCAGGAUGGUUGGGAAGGGGUUAAAAGUGGUUUUGUUCCAAAUACUGUGCAUUCUUCUGAAGAAGCAGUAAAACCCAGGAAAGAGUGCUUCUGCUGACUUCAAACAAGCCAAAGAAACGACAAGAGCAGGUUGGGUAUCAUUAAAGAUAAAACACCAAUAGUAAAAGCAGAAUGAUGCAGCUAAAGCAUAAAAAAUGUCAUGCACCUGACUCACAAGCCCAUAUUAACACUAUUUUGUAAUGUAUUCAAUCAGAGCACUAUGAUGAUUUGUUAUGCUACAAGUUUGGAUAUUUUGCUAAAUUACCAGGCA